AACCAUCUUCUUCGUCUCUCUGCGUGUGAGCACUGUCCGUCCUUGUAUAUAUAGUUGUAUAUUGCGGUCGUCAUCGUCGUCUCAGCUUGGAACAGCUAGCCAUCUGCGCAGCCUCUUCUGUGUCGCGGCUCAUCGAUCAGGCGGCUGGCGACAUGCCGAAGCAGCUGCGUGUCCCCAGCAGGAAGCGGCUGCGGAGAGGCCUCUGGUCGCCCGAGGAGGACAUGAAGCUGAGGAACCACAUUGCCACGUUUGGCCAUGGCUGCUGGAGUCAUGUCCCCAAGCUUGCAGGCCUUGAGAGGUGCGGAAAGAGCUGCAGGCUGCGGUGGAUAAACUACCUGAGGCCGGACCUGAAGCGGGUCGCGUUGUCCCAGGAAGAGAAAGACCUCAUCCUCAAUCUCCAUUCUGUCCUAGGCAACAGGUGGUCUCAGAUCGCGGCGCGGCUGCCGGGACGGACGGACAACGAGGUGAAGAACUUCUGGAGCUCGUUCGUCAAGAAGCAGCAGCCGCUCCGCCACCACGGUGCCAUCGUCGAAGGCAACCCGGUCAUAGUUAGCACGGGCACGACAGUGCUUUUCAGCGAAACCGGGCACAUCUUGUCAUCCAUGGGAGUGCAGCACAAUGAUGAUAUGGCGGCGCCCCUUCUUGACCCAGUACUGGUGCAGAUAGAAGCUGAGAGCUACAUGUAUAUCCAGACCAUCAGCAUGGACGACGUCAGUGAGAGCGUGACCGUGACUCCGGUCAGAGGCUGCAGCGAUGUAACCUUGGCGACGUCCGGGCACAUGUACAACGGAACAACGGAGAUCAGUGCUGGUUACUUGGACACGCAUGGCUCCUCUGGUACUGGGCACUCGUUGGUCUCGAUCUCCAGCAUGAUGGCUUCAAUGGCUGGCCUCGGCGCCGGUGGCAGCAGUGGCCCGGCGGCCACUGACACCCAACAUCUGCCGUGGUUGGAGGACCUGCCGGGGUUAACUGGCGCCUUCACGGCCUCCGCCGCCAGCGAAUUAGCCGAUGGCCACUAUGGCGCGGCAGCGGCCCUCGACGAACUCAAGUGGUCCAAUGAUCAGUGUAUGCUCGACGCCGGCUACCAGCAGAUGCAAUACUAGGCUACAGGCUACACCCGUUUUCCCAGUUCUUCUACGCGCACGGGCUCAGCAACAAGCCAACAAUUGGUGCUUGACUGCUUGUUAAUUGGAUCAUACUCCUGCAGGCUACAACUCAACGGCAGCGAACAAUUCGUUACCGCAUGCUAUGUAUAUUAUCCUCAAGAUUGAAACGUGUGCGUGCGUGUGCUAUACAUAUAUAAUUUGUUCAUUUGUGUCUGUAAGUUUUCUUCAAUAACUACUCCCUUUGAUCCAUAGUAAGUGUUGCCGUACUAAAUGAGCGACACUUAAUUAUUAUAUAUUGGAGGGAGUACUAGGUUUAUUUGUUCGUUGUUGGACAUGUAAAGUCUUUGCCACUAUAACUUGUAAGUGAAGUGGACGAUUUAAUAAA